UUACCCAUCAAAUUCUCCUCUUGUGCAAGUCUCUCAAUGCACACAUUUUCUUUGGAAAAUGUCCAUCUUCUUACUGCAAAUUUCAGAAAUCGUAUGUCGGGAUUAUUGUUCCUCAGAGUUGGACAGAUCUUGAGCAUAUCUUUGUGUCCAGUAAUAUGGGUUUGGAAUAAUUAUCAACCGCCACCGAAGAAUUUGAUACAACAUUUGAAACCGCUUAAUCCAAAAGGUCUUCCCUGGACCCUGAUUUCAUCACCGCACUUUGACACAAUAUGACCGCAUAUGUAAUCAUCUACACAAGAACUCGUUUCCAAAUUGUGUAGCAUCAGUCAAUUCUGAUCGAUGAUCUUAGUCCACCAUCCGGGUUUGAACACCGAUUUACUUUACCCUGUCACUUAUCUAUCUCUCCCAACAAUUUAGCGUGUCUCCCUACAAUUUAGCAGUGUACGUGAUUUGGUAAGAUUUAGUGCGUAGUAAUGGGUCAUCACGGAUGUUGGUUCGUCGAAGGAUUUGGUAAGAUAGAUCAUCACAGAUGUUGGUUCGUCGAAGGAUUUGGUAAGAUGGAUCAUCACGGAUGUUGGUUCGUCGAAAGAUUUGAUAAGGUUUAGUGCAUACUAAUGGAUCAUCACGGAUGUUGGUUUGUCGAAGGGUUUGAUAAGGUUUAGUGCGUGGAUCAUCACAAAUGUUGUUUCGUCGAAGGAUUUGAUGAAGCAAAACCGACAUAGAUGGAUUACACAAGAAGAAAUCAAGUUAAUUCAAAACAGUGUGCAAAUAGUGACGGUUCUUAUCCAGUUUGAUAUUUCCGUUUCAAAUCAUUGUCACCCAUCAUCGAUAAACGGGAACUGUUUAGGUAAGUCCCAUGUGAAGAAGGCCAUGGGCUAAGGUAUAUUAAUAUUACAUCCCACACUAUAUUAUUUAUUGUGCACUAAGCCGGGGGUCUUCACGGAAACAGCCUCUCGUUUUAAGGGCAGGGGCAAGGCUGCGUACAUCUUACCCUCCUCAGACUCUGCUCUAAGCGGGAUAUACUGAAAUAUCCUGGAAAUUCCUUGUUGCUUGACAAGUUUUUUUCAAAUCUUCCGUAUCUAUUCCUCUCCAUCUCUCUGGCUUGGCGUACUUGGAGAAAGAGAUUUUUAUAGCAUUAGUAGUAUCUGGGAUAUUAAAAGAUGGGCAAGGGCUCAAGGAAGGAUAAAUUCAGGUAUCUGCCACAAAGCAUUGUUGAUUUCAAUUUAAUAGAAAAACCAAUAUGGGAUGCUUUUAUAACUAGCAUUUUGUCCACCAAAUGGGAGCCAGUGUGGUGUUUUUCCAAACAUUAUAAGUUACUAAUAACUUGGCCGUGGAAGUUGCGAUGAGUAGUGGGCCACUGAGAAGCUUGAGUUCAGAACUCAUUUGUAUUUCAUCUAGGAUCCCCACCCCCUGAUUUUUUUUUUUUGUCCGCCACUUUUUAUACAUUACUCGUCGAUCUGAAAAUUGAAUAUAUGCCUAUCUACCGUUUUUCUUUUUAAAUUAGCCCGGAUUUACAGCCCCUCUGUGCUUCCGUUUGGUCAUGACAGUCAGCUACUUUUCCUAUAUGGGAAGCAUAUAAAACAGUUAGAUCUCAAUGUUUGUUCGUCUUGCGUUAUAGUAUAUGUUUCUUGUCGGUAAUUAAGUACGUUAAAGCUUUUUGGGUUUGAAGUGCAACCUCCUCCUUGGGGAUUUUAAAGAUUUCCAUGUUUGAAGUAUCUAUACCUACAUAGUGGCAUGCUUCCUGUUGAAGUUAUUAAAAAUUUAUUUCAGAUUGCCCUCUUUUAAGAAGUAAAAAAAAUUCAAUAAAUUUUUUUGACCCUCUAGCUAUGACCAUUGGUGCCCCCAAAUCUGAAGUAGCUUACUUCGGUCUGUGUCAUUAAAUACAUGUAUCUUGAGCAUACUCCUUAUUGCGAAAAGAUGUCCAAAACAUGCAUAGGAAAAAAUUUCUUCUUUCUAGGACUUAAAAACACAUGUUUCUUUUUUAUUAUGGUUGAAACGCUUGUAAAGCAUGUGUUUUUUAUUUUUUCUAAAAUAUAUCGCGUAAAAAGAUGACACAUGUGUUGAUACUUAAUGCAUGAGAUGAAUGUGCUAUUCCUGCUUUUGGAACUCAGGAAUUUAAAAUAUCGACAGGACCUCAAUGUGGGAAGAGCUCUCCCAACCAUCUGACCUAGAGAUUUAUAAAAAACAUGAUCAGAUUGGAUUUGGGCUGGGCUUUAAAAAACUGCAUUUUUUUAAAUUUAAAUCAUAUUGAGCUGGGCCGGAUUUCACAAAGAUAUCCAGGCCCGCGGGUUCGGAGCAUGACGUUUUUUGCUAAAUAAACAUAAAUGCAGUUAUUUAGAUAGUGCCAAAAAGGAAAUUUCCCGAGAAACUAUUACCUCAAACUUAUUCGUAAUUUCAACCUUGUAUCACAUAUACUGUUCUUCUUCUUGAAUGUAAAAUUAUAUAAAUUAAAUUUGAAUGAAGAACUUUUGAGUCUCUUGCAUCGCAUAUGAAGAUUUCCCACUAGAGUCUCUGGUAUUUCCUCAACCUCUUUCUUUUUAGUUUGCUCACUUUUUCUUUUGAAUUACAAAACUAGCAGUACAUACAUAAUGCCUCAUGUUACCUAUCAAUUGUUUGACGAACUGUAUUUUUAAAAUAAACAUAUUGAGUAGCAAAGUUUUAUUAGUUUGGACUGCCAACUAAACUACUAAAUACUGUCCUGCAUUUUCAGAAUGUCCUGGAAAUUCCUCAUUGCUGAGCCAUUAACUUUAUCAGAUAUCAUAUACUUUGUGGAAUAUUAUAUGGGUGAUUGCCCAGGGAAAGAUUUCUUAAGUGAUCUGCCUCAUGGCAUCAUAGAGCGCAUCCUAACAAAGCUCCCAAUAAGGGAUGCUGUAAGAACUAGCGUGUUGUCUAGCCAGUGGAGGUAUCUAUGGGCUACCAUGACACAGCUCGUAUUCGACGAAAAUUGUGUGUUUGUUCGUCAUGGCAGUACUUUUAGCGAGAAAAAGCUUUUUAACUGUAUUAUGCAAUGUCUGUUUCUUCAUAAUGGCCCUAUCAAGAAGUUCAGUUUAUCUACUUCAUACUGGGACAAGUAUCCAGAGAUGGACCAAUGCUUGCUUUUCCUGUCAAGAAAAGGCAUAAAAGAGUUGGUUCUUGAUAUAGACCUCCUCAACCCAUUGUUACCUGCACCUUCUGCUAUAUUUUUUUGUCAGCAACUAAUUAGUUUGACACUUUGUGGGUUUGAGCUGAAACCUCCUCGAACAUUUCAAGGAUUCCCAUGUUUGAAGUACCUUAACCUAGAAUUUGACGCAGUUACUACUGAGGUUGUUGAAAGCCUUAUCUCAGGUUGCCCUCUUCUUGAGAAGUUGAAGUUUUUAAAUGUUGAUCAUCUAGCUUUUACCGUCCGUGGCCCAAAUCUGAAGCAUCUCAUUCUAGAGGGGGACUUUAAAUACAUAAAUCUUGAGCAUGCUCCACUUCUGGUUGCUAUUAGCGUAGAAAUCAAUACAGAGGUUUCGGGAAGUAACAUACUUUUGAAGGUUCCAGUGACGUAUCAUUGUCUAAAGUUUAUUGAACUAAAAGGCGUAAAUUUUAAAGGGAUGAAUGAAGUGUUAUAUGUUCUUCACUUGAUUUUGCAGUCUCCUAAUCUACAAGAACUUCAAGUUUCAGCUGCAACCAGAUGGACUUUCUUCAAAGCUUAUAAUAUGGACUUCUGGGAGAGAGAAUGCCCUACUGAUUUCACAUUCAAGCACCUUAAAAUAGUAAAGAUGUCAGGUGUGUCGCACAAAAAAGACAUGGACUUCAUCAAAUUUGUGUUGCGAAGUUCUCCGGUUCUCGAGGUGAUGAGAGUAUCAUAUGAUGAGUACCUUGAUUACAGAAAAAGAACUGUUAUGGAAUAUGAUGUGCUGCAUUCUAAGCGAGCUUCUCCAACCGUUAAUAUUAAACUCUUUGGCUAAUCAUCUUACAAUGUCUCGCACCUUUCCCUUCUCCCUCUGUUUUGUCAAAUUUGUACGGGAGUAUGUUCCCUCUAUGACCUUGUUUGUAGUUUGUGUAUGUUAUGCAUCAUCAACCUGCAUUGUUGGGAACUAGAAACCUGUUCAGUGGUUAAUCCUUUUUUGAAUAUUUUGUCAGCUCUGUAGAUCGAACUACAAAGUAAUUUCUAGAUGAUGUUUGUAUAACCUUGUUUUUCUUGCUGAAUUUUAAUAUAGUAGGAGAAAAAUUGCCUGAA